ACAAUAGAAAGUGAUGGAGGCGGCGCGUACGCGCGCACAAGCAGCACCAGCCGUCCAAUGGGAUGGCGGAUGGGAGGGGGGGGAGCUUUUUCUCAACUCCAGCUUUUGCUGCAACUUUAGCGGGACUUGCAGUCACAAAGUGGACCGGUACCCCCACGGAUCCUCGGUGCGCUUUGGAGAAAUGAAUUCAUUCCACCGGCUUUCAGGCUCCAAAGUUUGCUGACGUUGCAGGAAUGAUUGACACCUUUCUUUGGAUGGACGCACGUAUUUUUUAACCCGGAUCCGUGCGUAAUUGCGCAGACGUCCCGUGUGGAAUACAAUGCUCUAGCGUGGAUGCAUCAUCGGUAUGGUGGACUGCGUCUAAGAACUAAAGGAGGACCGGGACUGGCUGACUCGACCAUGGCGCGCUCAUGUUGCGUCUCCGCGCGCCUUCACUCGCUCCUGCUGCUGCUGUGGACUCUGUCUCGGUACUCCGCGUCCACGCAAGUCCGCCAAGAGUUCCAGGUGCUGGAGGAGCAACCCGUGGGCACUUACGUGGGCCAGAUAGACACCCGAGUUAGCUUCACGUACCGUUUCAGUGAGAACCACAAACUUUUCGCCAUCAACUCCACCACGGGGGUCAUUUCCACGUCCUCCGUGAUAGACAGGGAGCUCCUGCAGAGCGAUGUCAUCAACGUGGUGGUGCUGUCCAGUCAGCCCACUUACCCCACGGAGGUCAGGAUUGUCGUUUUGGAUAUUAACGACAACGCACCGGUGUUCCCGGAUGCUUCCAUCGUGGUUUCUUUCAAGGAGGACGCCAGCAGCGGGAGACAAGUCAUCCUGGACACGGCCACGGACUCCGACAUCGGAAGCAACGGCGUGGAUCACACCACCUACAGAAUCAUUAAAGGGAACCAGGAGAAGAAAUUCCGCUUGGAUAUUACAGUCAAUCCCAGCGGAGAGGGAGCGUUCCUGCAUCUGGUAUCUACAGGAGGCUUAGACCGGGAACUCGGUCCCUUUUACCAGCUCCUGAUCGAAGUGGAGGACAAGGGGGACCCUAAAAAGUACGGCUACCUUCAAGUCAACGUCACAAUCCAAGACAUCAACGACAACCCGCCGGUUUUUGAGCACGAGCAUUACCAAACCAGCGUUUUCGAGGAUGCGGCGGUCGGAUCCAGCAUCCUGCACAUCACCGCGUCCGAUCAGGAUGACGGAACUAACUCCGAGGUCAGGUACUUUCUCGAUGAGGGCACGCCUUUCCAAAUUGACCCUAAAGAAGGUACUAUUAUUAUAAAGCAGACUUUGGAUUAUGAAAUCAAGAAAGAGUACUCGCUAACGAUCCACGCGGUCGAUAACGGCGUACCGUCAUUAUCGGGAAGAACCGAAGCCACUAUCAAGCUCUUAGACGUCAACGAUAACGACCCUGUGGUAAAAUUUCGAUAUUUCCCGACCACGUCUAAAUUCGCCUCGGUGGAUGAAAACGCACAAAUCGGAACCGUAGUUGCUUUGCUCACCGUAUCCGAUUCCGAUUCUCCGAGCGCUAACGGUAACAUUUCCGUGUCCAUUUUAGGCGGAAACGAGCAAAAACACUUUGAAGUCCAUACGUCACCUGUGCCGAAUUUAAGUCUCAUCAAAGUAGCUAGCGUUCUGGAUCGGGAGAGAAUUUCUUCGUAUAAUUUAACGGUUUCCGUGUCGGAUAACGGCAAACCGGUGGCGCGUUCAUCUUUUGCUAGCUUGGUUAUAUUCGUAAACGAUAUUAACGAUCAUCCGCCGAUAUUCCAGCAAACGGAGUACAAAGUCGAUAUCAGCGAAGACGUCCCGAAGGGGAGCUACAUUAAAGGGGUUUCCGCAACAGAUGGCGACUCGGGACAGAACGCUAAUCUUCGUUAUUCCCUUGUGUCCGGAAACUCUUUAGGUUGGUUUUCCAUUAGCGAAAACAGCGGACUUGUUACCAGUGCGGCUUUAUUAGACAGGGAAGUAGCGUCCCAAAUUGUGCUAAACAUUAGCGCUAAAGACCAAGGUCUGCAGCCCAAAAUUUCGUACACUAAACUCAUCGUUAGCAUCACAGACGUCAACGACCAAAUUCCAACUUUCACACAGAACACAUAUCACGUAUCUCCGGUGGAGCACGCCGCUCCCGGCGCCGAACUCCUUGUUCUCUCCGCGUCAGAUGACGACUUGGGCGAGAACGGAACAAUCCGGUUCUCGUUUGACGCAGAAACGCCAACUAGCAUCCGUGAACUAUUUCGUCUUGAUGCCGCGUCAGGGCGAUUAAGCGCAAUCGCAGAGUUAGACAGAGAAAAUCAGGCGUCCUAUUUGCUUCACAUUCAGGCAUCGGAUUCCGGAACGCCGCCUUUGCACUCAAUCGGAAAAGUCAACAUCACUUUAAAAGAUAUCAACGACAAUAGACCGGUAUUUUACCCAGUUCAGUACUUUGCUAACGUGAAAGAGAACGAACCCCCCGGUACUUAUGCAACAACGGUUUCGGCCACAGAUCCCGAUUUGGGUCGCAACGGUACGGUUAAGUACAUAAUCACAGCAGGAGACGCAUCGAAAUUCCAUAUUAAUAGCAACACUGGAAAAAUCAGCACUCUGGAGGCGCUGGACAGAGAAGUGAAAACGACUUAUCAGCUGCAGGUGACGGCGACAGAUGGCGGCGGCUUGCGCUCCAACGCCCACGCUAUUGUGACCGUGACUGUAAUCGAUACGCAAGAUAACCCGCCCGUUUUUAGCCAGAGAGUUUACAGCUUUGUUAUGUUUGAGAAUGUGAUUCCGGGUACGGUUAUAGGAACCGUGUCGGCGUCCACUCUGGAUCUGAACUCCAAUAUCUCCUAUCUGAUCACCUCAGGGGACCACCGGGGGCUUUUUAGGGUAAACGCCGCAGGUCAGAUCACCGCAUCCGGUCACAUCGAUCGAGAAGAGAAGGGUUUUUAUCAUUUGAAGGUGGUAGCAAGAGUAGGCGACAUCACCGGGGACGCGGUUGUGAACGUCACCGUGAAGGACUUGAACGAUAACGCGCCGCAUUUUAUUCACUCUGUGGAGCAUGUCAGCGCGGUGGAGAACUGGAACGCAGGUCAUGUGAUAUUCCAAGCUAAAGCGUCCGACCCCGAUGAAGGCACCAACGGCGUGGUGAUCUACAGCCUCAAACAAAACCCUAAAGGUCUUUUCCAAAUCCACGAGAAACAUGGCCUCAUAACGCUGACCGGACCGUUGGAGGUCACGACCACGUCGUAUGAAGUCGAGGUCUCGGCAUCGGACACAGGAGUCCCGAGACACACCUCUAGUUUAGUCCUCAUUGUCAGCGUUUACGACGUCAACGACAACUCGCCUGUCUUUGACCAACUCUCCUACGAAGUUGUUAUCUCCGAAUCGGAACCAGUCAACAGCCGAUUCUUCAAAGUGGAUGCCACGGAUAAAGAUUCCGGUCUCAACGGCGAAAUCAUGUAUGACAUCAUCGCCGGCAACACCGGUGACAUCUUCGGUAUUUUUCCAGACGGUCACUUGUAUAUUAAAACGGAACUGGAUCGAGAGCUUCAGGAUCGAUACAACUUAGUGGUCGUGGCUACCGACCGCGCUGUGGAACCGUUGAGCGCCGUCGUGAACGUCAGCGUCAUCCUGGACGAUGUCAACGAUAACCGCCCACUUUUUAACAGCACUAAUUAUGUGUUUCAUUUUGAGGAAGAGCAAAAAAGGGGUUCGCUGGUGGGUUUCGUUUACGCCGAGGAUAAGGACUUCGGUCCAAACAGUGACGUCAGAUACUCAUUUGAGACUCCGCAGCAAAACUUUGAACUCAACGCUAUCACGGGGGAGUUGAGGAGCACGUUGCGAUUGGACCGCGAGUUGCUCAUGAGACAAAGAGGCGCCGCCGUUUUCAGUUUUGUUGUCGUCUCCUCGGACCAGGGUCUCCCCAGACCCCUUAGAGACCAGGCUAAAGUGCAAGUUUACAUACAAGACAUCAAUGACAACUCACCAAAGUUCACCAAAGACAUUUACCAGGCCUCGGUUUCUGAGUCGGCGCCGAACACGACUCAACUUCUACGUGUCUCCGCGUCUGAUGUAGACGAGAACAAAAACGGACUGGUUCAUUAUCGAAUUGUUGACGGAAACCAGGACGGACAGUUCAGCAUCGACGGCAACUCCGGACAAGUCACUUUAGUCGGAAAGUUGGAUUACGAGUCAACAUCGUUCUAUUCUUUGAAAAUAAUCGCGGUUGAUUCUGGCGGCGUUCCGUUAUCCUCAUCCUGCAUGCUUAGCGUUAACAUACUCGACGAGAACGACAACUCGCCGACUUUUCCUAAAUCUUCCCUAUCGGUUGAUGUCCUGGAAAACAUGAGGAUAGGAGAGUUGGUCGCAUCCGUGACCGCAACCGACGCCGACUCGGGCCACAAUGCCGACAUCACGUACAGCAUCACCGCCACAAACAAUCACGGAACGUUUAGCAUCAGUCCCAACACCGGUAGCAUCUUUCUGUUCAAAAAACUGGACUACGAAACACAAUCUUUCUAUAGACUCAACAUCACGGCAAGGGAUAACGGGAAACCACAACGCUCCUCGACUAUUCCCGUUAUCAUCCAUGUAAGGGAUUUUAACGACAACCCUCCGAUAUUCACAUCCGGGGACAUUUUCAAGUCAAUCCCUGAGAACAUUCCCAUCUCGGCGUCCGUCAUGACCAUCACAGCUCAUGACACAGAUGCGGAUAUUAACGGACUGUUGGAGUACUCCAUCGUUCAGCAGGUCCCCAGAGGGGGGCACUUCAGUAUUGACCCAAGUUCUGGUCUCAUCUACACCAGCAAGGAGAUUGACAGGGAGUUCUCGAAUCUCUUUGAGUUGACGGUCAAGGCAACUGACCAAGCCGUGCCGUUCGAGUUCCGCCGUUUUGCCCUCAAGAACAUAACAAUAUGGGUCACUGACCUUAAUGAUAACAUUCCCAGUUUUGUAUCCCAGAAUGCACUGGUGGCAGAACCCAACAUCGUGAUCGGUUCCAUUCUGACAACAGUUGUUGCAAUCGACCCCGACGAGGGGGAAAACGGGGAAGUGGAAUAUGAGUUAGUGGAAGGGGACUCGGAUACCUUCAUCAUGGACCGGUACAGCGGAGACAUCCGCCUCGCUUCCCAACUUGUGCCAUCCCGACUCGUCUACACGCUCACCGUAUCCGCCACCGACCACGGCGGCGACCGUAAGACCUCCAAAACGGACAUGACGAUCAUUCUACGCGGUCUGGACGGUCCUGUGUUCACGCAACCCAAAUACAUCACCAUCCUCAAAGAGGGUCAACCGCCAGGAACCGACGUCAUCUCGCUGGACGCCUCCAGUCCGCGGGGGUCGGCGAGCAAAGUGGAGUACUACAUCGUGGCGGUGCACAGCGGCGGGAGAACCGUGGGGCGACUUUUCACCAUCGGGCGCCACACUGGAGUGAUACAGACGGCCGAGGAACUUGACAGGGAAAAGGGAUCCGAUCUCUAUGUGGUGGACGUCUACGCCAUCGAGACGGACGCCAGCCAGCCCAGGACGCAGCGUGCCGAGGUGGAGAUCACGCUGCAGGACGUCAACGACAACCCGCCCGUCUUCCCCAACGAUAUCCUGGAUGUGACCAUUGAGGAGAACGUCGGGGACGGCUUCAAGAUCAUGCAGCUGACGGCCACGGAUGCUGACGAGGGCCCCAACGCUCUCGUGACCUACACCAUCAUCAGCGGCGCCGACGACAGUUUCCGCAUCGACCCGGAAUCCGGCGACCUCAUGGCCACCAAGAAGCUGGACCGGGAACGGCGGUCUAAGUAUUCCCUGCUGGUGCGAGCCGAUGACGGGAAGCAGUCGUCGGACAUGAGGCUGAACAUCACCGUCAAGGACGUUAACGACCACACGCCCAAGUUCUCGCGUCCGAUGUACUCCUUCGACAUCCCAGAGGACACGGCGCCAGGCUCCAUCGUGGCGGCCAUCCUGGCCAGCGACUCUGACUCAGGAGUGAACGGCGAGGUCACUUACUCACUGGAGGACGAAGACGAGGACGAGACAUUCCUGCUGAAUCCGGUCACCGGCGUCUUCAACGUGACGCGGUCGCUGGACUACGAGAGCCAGCGGUACUACAUCCUGACCGCUAAGGCGCUGGACGGCGGGGGGCAGGCCAGUACGGUGAGGGUGUACUUCAACGUGAUGGACGUCAACGACAACCCGCCCGUGUUCAACACCAGCGUGUACAGCACAUCGGUGACGGAGAGUCUGCCGCCGGGGUCCGGUAUUGUCACCGUGGGGGCCAGCGAUGCCGAUGAUGGUCCAAAUGCGCAGCUUCUCUACAAAAUAGCAUCAGGCGAUCCCCAGGACUACUUCGUCAUAUCCGAAGAAGGCGUUCUACAAAGUAAGAAGGCUUUGGACAGAGAAACGCAGUCCUUCUACAACCUGGUCAUCACAGUCAACGACCUAGCUCCGCCUCCUAUGACUCGCUUCACCAGCACCGCCCAGGUGUCAAUCAUCCUCUUGGAUGUCAACGACUGCCCGCCGACCUUCACUUCCCAAAAGAUGACGUACAUUCAGGAGAACACGCCGGUGGACACGGUGGUCUUCACUGCCCACGCCGCAGACGCCGACAGCGGGCCCAACAGCUACGUCGAGUACUCGCUCAAAGGACCCUUCGGGAACAAGUUCAGCAUCGGAACCAUCGACGGAGACGUCAAUUUGAUCGGAGAACUGGAUCGAGAGGAGUUCUCCAAUUAUACUCUGACGGUUGUCGCCACGGAUAAAGGCGAACCUCCGAUGUCUUCAACCAUGGACGUUACCAUGUUGGUGCUGGACGUCAAUGACAACACGCCGAGCUUCUCGCAGAACAUCUACGACAUCGAAAUCGAGGAGAACACCCUUACCGGAACUGACGUCAUCCAAGUGUUUGCCACCGACGCCGAUGAAGGCACCAAUGGUCAGAUAAGAUUCUCCAUCUCGGCCGGGAAUAGCAAUGGAGAAUUCAGAAUGGAUUCGGUGACCGGGUUGAUCUCGGUGGCCAAGCAGCUGGACCGCGAGGCUCAGUCGUCGUAUUCGCUAACCGUACAAGCUUCGGACCGCGGUAGCAAUCCGAGAGUGGAUCGUGCGACCGUUAAUAUUGUGUUACUGGACGUCAAUGACUGCUCGCCGGUGUUCGAGCUCUCUCCUUACACGGUGAACGUUCAGGAGAACCUGGAGGAACUGCCGAGGAGCAUCCUGCAGGUGGUUGCCAAAGACGACGACCAAGGCGCCAACGGUCAGCUAAGCUACAUGCUCAGCGGCGGCAACGACGAAGGCGCCUUCAGCUUGUCGUCCGGCGGUCAGCUGAGUCUGACUCAGACUCUGGACCGCGAGGCUCAAGGGAAGUACGUCCUGCUGAUCACAGCCACCGACUCGGGUUCUUUGUCUCUGAGCGGGACGGGGACGGUGACGGUCCUGGUGGACGAUGUCAACGAUAAUGUCCCGGUUUUCUCCUCCUCUUCCUUCCACACCUCCAUCAUGGAGGACGCCCCCACGGGGACGGAUGUGCUACUAGUGAACAGUUCCGACGCGGAUGUGGGCCUCAAUGGUGUCAUCAGCUACAGUUUGAGCGGAGGCCAUGGCCAGUUCUCCAUCAACCCAGCAACCGGACAGAUUAUCACCAGCUCCCUGCUGGACCGCGAAGAGCGAGCCAAUUACCAGCUGCUGGUCGUGGCGACAGAUGGAGGGAAGCCGCAGGGCUUGUCCAGCUCCGCCACCGUGUCUGUGACGGUGGCAGACAUCAACGAUAACCCGCCACGUUUCCACCACCACCCUUACGUCACGCACAUACCCGCCUCCACUGCGGCAGGGUCUUUGGUAUUUGCCGUUACCGUCACCGAUGAAGACUCUGGCUCCAACGCCCAGCUCCACUACUCCCUGCUGGGACGCAACUCCGACAAGUUCAAGAUCGACCCCGUGCGAGGUGCCAUCACCGCCAACGAGAAGCUGACGGGGACCUCGGAAGUUACCCUCACGGUCCGCGUUAAAGACGGUGGAGCCAACCCUAAAACCGACACAACGACCGUCACCGUACGCUUUGUCACUGGAGGCAACUUCCCCGUCAUCAAGCUGAAGGAGCGCGCCUUUACGUUCCCUGAGAACCAGCCCACCAACCACCAUGUUACUACCGUGACGGGGUCCUCCAGGAGGGGUGGACCGCUGUCGUACUACAUCGCUAGCGGCAACCUGGACAACGCCUUUCAUAUUGAUCAGCUUUCGGGCGAGUUGAUCAUCAGGCAUCCGUUGGAUUACGAACACAUCCAGAAAUAUGUGCUCUGGAUCGAAGCCCGGGAUCAAGGAUUCCCGCCGUAUUCGUCCUACGAUCGAGUGGACGUCACCGUUCUGGACGUCAAUGACAAUCACCCGGUAUUUGACAAGGAUCCGUUCCGUGCUGACAUCCUGGAGAACCUGUCACCCCAACGGGUUCUAAUGGUCUCGGCCGUCGAUCUCGAUAACGGACUCAACGGACAACUCGAGUACGCUAUCGUUGACGGAAACAAAGAAAACAGCUUCAGUAUCAGUCGAGCCACCGGUGAGAUCCGAACCACUCGGCCUCUUGAUCGGGAAAAAGUGUCCCAGUACACUUUGAAAGUCAAAGCCACUGACCGAGGACUCCCAUCCAAAAACUCGUCCGUGAAAGUGAAAAUCAAUGUUCUCGAUGUAAACGACAAUGCGCCCAGGUUUUCGAAGAUAUUCAGCGCUACGGUGGCUGAGAAUGCGCCCGUGGGGUACACCGUCACGAGAGUCACCACCACGGAUGAAGAUGCCGGCGCUAACGCUAUUAGCCGAUAUUCAAUCACAGACACCGGUCUUCCUUUUAGCAUCAACGCAAACACAGGCGACAUAACGAUCAGUAGGCCGCUAAACAGGGAGGACACGGACCACUACAUCGUCAAAGUCUCCGCCCACGACUCUGGUUGGACGGUUAGCACUGAUGUUACAAUAUUCAUAACCGAUAUCAAUGACAACGCCCCCAGAUUUAGUCGCCCGUCGUAUUACCUGGAUUACCCCGAACUCACAGAAGUGGGCUCCUUGGUUACGCAAGUGUCGGCUACAGAUCCUGACGAGGACUUCAACGGCAAAAUAUUCUACUUCAUUCGCUCUCAGUCUGAGUAUUUCCGAAUUAACGCCACUUCCGGAGAAAUAUUUGUAAAGCAGCAUUUGCGAUAUCAGAAUUCGACGGGCGCUAGCAGCUUGAACAUUAACCGCCAUAGUUUCAUCGUCACGGCCUCAGACCGAGGAAUCAAACCUUUGAUGAGUGAGACAACGGUUAUUGUGAAUAUCGUGGACAGCAAUGAUAAUCCUCCCGAGUUCGAUUCACCGAGCUACUUUACCCCCGUCACAAAAAGCGUCAAAGUCGGUACCAGACUGAUAAAGGUUGUAGCUAACGACAAAAAAGACUUUGGUCUCAACUCCGAAGUUGAGUACCUGAUCACCGGAGGAAAUUAUUCCAGUAAAUUUAAAUUAGAUACAAUAAGUGGGUGGAUAAGUGUUGCGUCGCCGCUCACGUCUGACAUAAAUAAGAUUUUUCUCAUGGAUGUCACGGCCCGAGACAAAGGAAAUCCGCCUUUGUCAGCGCAAACUGCAGUACGGGUUGCGGUGACGGAGGAAAACCACCACACACCCGAGUUCUCCCAAAGCCAGAUCUCAGCUACAGUGCCUGAAAGCCUCGUUGUGGGGACGGCGAUACGGACUCUAUCCGCCAGAGACAAGGACAAAGAAAUGAAUGGCAUCAUCAAGUACAAUAUCACAUCAGGAAACCGUAACGGACUGUUUUCGCUUAAUAGCAAAACCGGAGUGCUGUCGCUAGCUCAAGCUCUGGAUUUCGAACAACAACAACAACACGAUCUUCGAGUUUCAGCCACCGAUGGCGGUUGGAUUGCAAAAACCAGCUACGUCACCGUCAUAAUCCAUGUCACCGAUGUCAACGACAACGCUCCGAUCUUCAAUCCCGAUGAGUACUUCCCAGUCGUGCAGGAAAACGUUCCCAGUGGCACAACUGUGGUCAAAAUGAAUGCCGCUGAUCUGGACUCAGGCGCUAACGCGGUCAUGGCUUAUGUAAUACAAUCAUCAGAUAGCGACCUUUUCGUUAUCGAUCCCAAUACUGGCACCAUUACCACGCAGGGGUUCUUGGACUACGAGUCUAAGCAGAUCUACCAUUUAACAGUGAAGGCGUUCAAUGUUCCAGAUGAGGAGCGUUGCAGCUUCGCCAAUGUCAACAUCCAACUCAAGGGCGCCAACGAAUAUGUACCCCGCUUUGUGUCAAAAGAGUACUACUUUGAAAUAUCUGAAGCUGCUCCAAAAGGCGCAGUAGUCGGGGAAGUUUUUGCCAGUGAUCGAGACCAAGGUGACGACGGAAUGGUUUACUACCUCAUUUUUGGGAAAAGCAGGAAAAAAGGCUUUGGUAUCAAUAAGAAAACUGGUCAGAUUUAUGUCACGGGUGUACUGGACCGCGAGAAAGAGGAGAAGGUUUCGCUUAAAGUCUUAGCCAAAAAUUCCGGAGCCAUCCGUGGAGCGGAUAUCGAUGAAGUGUUUGUGAAUAUCACGAUCCUCGAUGCCAAUGAUCCUCCUGUCUUUUCUCAGGAGUUGUACGAUGUCCAGGUUAGCGAAGGUCUGACACCCGGUGGUCUGGUUACUUUUGUGAGUGCCGAGGACUCCGACUCUGUUCCAAGCUGGAGCAGAUUUUCAUACUCAAUUGCACCGGAGUUCGAUAACAAGGGUUUUAGAAUUAACCCCAAGUCCGGCCAAGUGUCUGUUACUGCGGAACUAGACCGAGAAACGACUCCUGUGUACAAUCUGACGGUUCUUGCCGUGGAUACCGGCACGCCUCCUUCCACCGGCAGCGCUACGCUGAUUGUGAACCUGGAAGAUAUCAACGAUAACGGUCCAAGCUUGACAACCAAGUACGCUGAGGCGAUGGAGAACCAGAAAUCUGGCACCGUGGUCACUACGCUAACUGCUUCCGAUCCGGACUUACCGCCCAAUCAGGGACCUUAUAUAUACAGCCUCCUCGGUUCUGGAUCUGCCCACACUUAUUUCCACCUAAGUCCAACUGGAGUUCUAACCACAAGUCGUGAGAUUGACAGAGAACAGAUUAGCGACUUCUAUCUAUCCGUCGUGAUCAAGGACUCUGGUGUGCCUCAAAUGUCCUCCACAGGAACCGUUCAUGUCAAAAUAAACGAUCAAAAUGACAACCCCUCAGAACCGAGGUCGGUGGAAAUCUUUGUUCACUACUUUGGAAAUAUUUUUCCCGGAGGUUCUUUAGGAGAGGUAAAACCCCAAGACCCUGACAUUCAAGAUAGGUUCCACUGUUCUUUGAUUCCGGCUUCCUCCGCUCUCUUUAAUAUUCCUACUGGAACAUGCAACCUUAAUUCAAAAGCACGGUCAACUGACGGAAACUUUGAAGUAACGAUCCGAAGCAGCGACGGCGUCCACGGACCAGUGAGCAAUACCGCCAGAGUCCUUUUCAUAGGCUUCACAAACGCCACAGUCGAUAACAGUAUUCUGAUCCGUCUCCAGUCGCAUGGCGUCAACGACUUUCUCACCAACUACUACCUCAGCUUCUUACGUAUCGCCAACUCCCAGCUCGCAGGACUCGGCACCGGGGUUUUGCUUUACGGCGUGUUUGAGCUCAACAAUCAGACUUUUGUUAUGGCGGCUAUAAAACGAGGCCACGGACAAUACGUGAACCCCAGUGGUGUCGCAACGUUCUUCCAGAGCAUCAAAGACAUUUUAAAUAGACAAAGUGGAGUACUAAUAGAUGCCGUGGACCAUGAUCCCUGUACGCGGAACCCGUGCCAGAACGGGGGCAGCUGCAAACGGCGUCUCAGUGUUGGACCUGAUAUGAAAACCGAAGAAAGCGUUCCGGUGAUCCUGGUUGCAAAUCGCCCCCUGCAGCCGUACGCUUGCAGCUGCAGACCCGGUUACGCCGGAGCCGUGUGCGAGACGGACAUCGACGAGUGCCAGCCAUCGCCUUGCCACAACGGCGGCACGUGCCACAACCUGGUCGGGGGGUUCUCCUGCACCUGUCCCGAGGGUUUUACUGGCAUGGCGUGUGAGAGAGACGUCAACGAAUGUCAUUCCAAUCCUUGCAAGAACGGGGCGCUGUGCCAGAACUUCCCCGGCGGCUUCAACUGCCUCUGCAAAUCUGGAUUUGCAGGCAAAACAUGUGAUUCCAUCAUCAAUCACUGUGAGUGUAACCCAUGUUUUAAUGGCGGGUCCUGCCAGAACCGGGUGGAUGGAUAUUACUGCCAUUGCCCAUUCGGGGUCUUCGGAAAACAUUGCGAACUGAACAGCUAUGGAUUUGAGGAGCUCUCGUACAUGGAGUUCCCAUCGCUGGACCCCAACAACAACUACAUUUACGUCAAGUUUGCCACCCUGAAGAACGAUGCCAUGCUCAUGUAUAACCACGACAACCAGACCGGAGACAAGGCGGAGUUUUUGGCGUUGGAGAUCUUCGAAGGACGAAUGCGAUUUUCGUUCAACUUGGGCAGUGGAACGUACAAAUUGAUGACUAUGAUUAAAGUCUCCGACGGCCAGUUCCACACGGUCAUCGCCAGGAGAGCGGGCAUGGCUGCAUCGUUGACGGUGGACUUGUGCGGCGACGACCAGGAACCGGGUUACUGCGCUGUGAGCAACGUGGCGGUGCACACGGAUUGGAUCCUGGACGUGCAGCCCAACCGUCUCUCCGUGGGGGGCGUCAGGUCCAUCGAGUCCAUCCUUCAUCGUCGCGGUCAGGUCGCCACCCACGACUUUGUGGGCUGCAUCAUGGAGUUGGCCGUCAAUGGCCGCCCGCUGGAGCCCAGUCAGGCGUUGGCAUCGCACGGCAUCCUUGACAGAUGUCCCAGACUGGAGGGGGCGUGCACCGCCAGCCCCUGCAGACACGGGGGCACCUGUUUGGACCGCUGGUCUUGGCAGCAGUGCCAGUGCGUGGAUGGCUUCACUGGCAAAUACUGUGAGAAAUACAUUACACCGGACACGGCUCUUUCUCUGGAUGGCACCGGCCGCCUGGACUACACCCUCAAGCAGGGACCCAAGCGGGACAUCCUGCUGCACCGCUCACUGCAGGGUACCGCCUCGGAACCCGGCGCUCCAAGCCGUCUGGAGGUGAAGUUCAGAACCCGUGGCAAAAGCGGAACGUUGCUGCACGUCCAAGCGAGCAACAACUACACGACUGUGAAGCUAAGGAACGGCAACAUCCAUUACAUCUCGGACGCGGGUGUGAGCGGGAAAGUGGAGCGCACCGUGGCGGAUGUGGUGUUGUCGGAUGGUCAGUGGCACACCCUACUGCUGGUCAAGAACGGUUCCACCACCUUGAUCCAAGUGGACGGCAGCCACUCCAGGGUCAUCCAGCACCCCACCCAGGACUUUGGAGGACUGGGUGUCUCCACCUUGUCCCUCGGAGGGAUACCGUCUGGACCCGCCCAGCAGAAAACGGCAGCAGGUUUCGACGGCUGCCUGGCGUUUGUGAAAUACAACAACGAGAACCUGCCUUUUAUCGGAGAACACAGCCUGGUUGCGUUAACAAAGACUAGUCCGUCCGUCAAGAUUGGCUGCAGAGGUCCCAACCUGUGCGAGAGCAGCCCUUGCUGGGACGGCCUGAUGUGCAUCAACCAGUGGUACACCUACCAGUGCGUCCCGCCGGGCGACUGCGCCUCCGACCCUUGUCAAAACCACGGAAGCUGCGUCCCUGAUCCGCAUUCCGGUUUCUCCUGCGUUUGCUCCGAGUUCUACACCGGAAAAACAUGCGAGACUUUAGUAGCCUGCUUGGGCGUCCAGUGCCCGCAAGGGACCACCUGCAAGACGGCUAACAAUGGCGGUUUUGUUUGUAGUCCAAAGCCUGCGACAGAAGCGAUGGUUCUGCCGAUUUGGGCGGUCCCCGCGAUUGUCGGUAGCUGUGCUACAGUGCUAGCUUUGGUGGUUCUCAGUCUGAUCUUGUGCAACCACUGCAAGGACCGCAAUAAAACCAAAGUGCCAAAGGAACCCAAGGAGAAGAAACCCAAGGAGAAGAAGAAAAAGAAGAAGAAAGGUAGCGAAAAUGUGGCCUUUGAUGACCCCGACAACAUCCCGCCUUACGGAGAUGACAUGACGGUGCGGAAGCAACCGGAAGGAAAUCCCAAACCGGAUAUCAUUGAGAGAGAGAACCCUUAUCUGAUUUACGAUGAAUCCGACAUCCCUCACAACAAUGAGGCGGUCCCCAGCGCACCCUGCGCACCGUGUAACGGUCCCGAGGCUGAUAUCGAGCACUAUGACAUCGAUAACGCCAGCAGCAUCGCUCCAUCGGACGCAGACAUCAUCCAGCACUACAAACAGUUCCGUAGCCACACGCCCAAAUUCUCCAUCCAGAGACACAGCCCACUGGGCUUUGCCAGGCAGUCGCCCUUGCCCCUGGGGGCCACGAGUUACUCCUUCCAGCCUCAGUACACUCAAGCACUUAGAGCCACCCCGCUAAGUCACUCCCACUCAGCUUGCCCCACGCCCAACCCUCUCUCCAGACACUCGCCGGCCCCGUUCAACAAGCCCGCGUCCUUUUACAGAAACACUCCCACCAGGGAGCUCAAUCUUUCCCGCCGCGAGGGCAGUCCUCUGGAUUUACACAACGACAUGUGCCAACCGCCGCCCAUGUUCAACUACGCCACCCGGCUGGGAAGGCGCAGCAAGAGCCCGCAGACUAUGGCCACCCACGGCCACUCGUCCCGCCCUGGCAGUCGCCUGAAGCAACCCAUCGAGCAGAUCCCCUUAGAGACCGGACCCCCCGUGGGGCUCUCCAUCGAGGAAGUGGAACGUCUCAACAAUCCGCGUCCUCGUAACCCCAGCAUCUGCAGCGCCGAUCAUGGUCGCUCCAGUUCGGAAGACGACUGCCGCCGGCCACUCUCGAGGGUUCGGAACCCUGCCGACGGAAUCCCUGCGCCGGAGUCCUCCUCGGAGAGUGACUCGCAUGACUCCUUCACUUGCUCCGAAAUGGAGUACGACCGGGAGAAGCCCGUAUCGUACAGCUCACGCGUUCCCAAGCUCUCGCAGGUGAACGAGUCCGACGCGGACGACGAGGAUUACGGCGGGAGGCUGAAGCAGAGGCGGUACUCCAGCCGCCGAGCGGAAGGGGGUCCUGGCGUUGUUCAGUUUCCCCCGAGUGAGCAACACAACACCUUGCCUCACAAACUCGGCCCCCCGGCCGGGGGCUUCAAUUGGGACAAUCUUUUAAGCUGGGGUCCCGGUUUUGGACAUUAUGUAGACGUGUUUAAGGACUUAGCCUUGCUGCCUGAAAACGCGGCAGCAAAAGACAUUGAGAUGAACAGCGGGGACGGAUCUGUUACCAUCCUCAACGAAGGAGAAGCUGAACAAUAUGUAUGAGACUAUUUAUUUGGAUCUGAUCUUCUCCGCCGCGACUUCGUGUUUUUAAGUCAAUCAAAACGAUAAAAGACGACUUUCAAUGCAGUAAGGCAGAACCUGACACCUCAAAACGGGGGGUUACCGGUCUGGGCUCGGCGGUCCUAUCUUGCAUAACUGGAGAUCCCGUAUGUUAUCUUGGAGAAAACCAAUAUGGGCGCUCUCUUCCAGCUGCACAAGAUAAGAUACGCUAACGCUAACACUCCCGAGGAGAGAAUUCCAAAAGAAAACUCUGUUGCUAAUGAAUUCCCGGCGAAGGCUACACGUGUCUUUGAUCAGCCUGCACCUGCACAUGGUCCAGUUCUUCGUCUGUUAUCGCCUCGCUUUGUGUUUUCUCACAGAAGGCUGGCUAAUCGCUCCAAGAGUGAGGAUGAAUCAAGUCGCCUGCCUUACAGACAUUUGAGGAUUUCAGCAUGAGGGAGUGUUUUUUUUUUUUUGGUCUUUCCAGGCAAAAUUAUGGACCCAAUUCCAAAAAAAAAAAAAAAUGAAUUUGUGUAAAUUGUUUUUUUUUUAUAGUGUCAUCCGUGUCUUGGUCCAAUUUUGUUGACAUUUUCGUAUGGUUUAUUAUUAACUUAAAAUUACUUAAGCUGUGUUUUUAUGGAUAUAUUUCAUAAAGCGGAAAGUAAUGUGUUCUUACUUUCGGGGAAAGUAAGGGUUCAAAAGGCCUAUUUUUUACAUCAGUUACAUCCUGUAUGUAACAUCACUAUUUUCCACUUUUUAUAAAACUAUAACAUGUUGUAUGCUUUGUACUUGUAAAAAGGCAAUAACAGAAUAAA